GGAAGUGAAGACGGUUGGAAAGAAUCAAUAGAAGUAGCAACCAAUCCCUAAGGUAGAACGAUUGUUUCACUUGCGGCAGUAAGCAAAGAUGCAGACGGAUGAUGAUGAUGAUGAUGAUGAUGAUUCUCAUCAUUCUCAUUCUCAUUCUCCAAACGACUUGGUGAAGACUUCCGGGAGUUUUUGCGUGCUCGUUGGAGUGACUGGGAGCGUUGCUGCCCUGAAACUUCCUCUUUUGGUCUCUGAACUUCUUCAACUCCCAGGGGUGGAUGUAAGAGUGGUCACCACUGAACAUGCACAGCACUUCUAUAACCCCGAAGAGGUUUCAGUAAAGGUUUAUAGUGACAAAGAUGAGUGGGAGAUGUGGAGUGAGAGAUCUGACCCAGUGCUACACAUUGAGCUCAGGCGCUGGGCAGACCUGCUCAUCAUCGCCCCCCUAGAUGCAAACACGCUUGGAAAGAUUGCUAAUGGCAUUUGUGACAACCUGCUGACGUGUGUGGUGAGAGCCUGGGAUACUAGUCGCCCCCUCCUCUUCUGCCCUGCGAUGAACACUUCUAUGUGGCAGCAUCCCAUCACAGCCCAGCAAGUACACAGGCUGAAAGAGUUUGGCUAUGUGGAAAUCCCCUGCAUUGCAAAGAAGCUGGUGUGUGGAGACAAAGGCAAAGGCGCCAUGGCGGAGGUGUCGACUAUCAUCACCGUUAUCAAGCAGUACCUUCAGCAAACCAGUGAGCCAUCUCCACAAACAUGAACAGCAGAGCAGGCAACACUUUCACUGACUUGUAUCGUUUCACCGAAGCAAGACGUCUUUGUUUGUUACUUCCUCUUUUUACUCACUGGUGGUGUUGUUUUUUUCUUAGUUUUUUUUUUACACGCUGCCUGGCCAAAGCAAUGCCAGAAUACAGCCAUCCAUCCAUUUUCUGUACCACUUAUCCUCACAAGGGUUGCACGUGAGCUGGAGCCAAUCCCAGCUGACUUUGGGUGAGGGGCGGUGUACACCUUGAACUGGUCGCUAGCCAAUCACAGGGCACAUAUUAACUAACAAUCGUUCACGCUCACAUUCAGACCUACGGAGCAGAGAAUCGUGAGGAGAACAUGCCAACUCCACAGACAAUUGCCGAAUAAAGCCCAAUGAAGUUAUUUUUCCUCAUAGAUUCAAUGUCAUUCAAAAGAAAUUUGACAGUUUAAGUUAAGAUGAAAGUCACUGAUGGUGUCGUGGAACACUCGCCUGACUUUGGUGUGGGCAGUGUGGGUUCAAUUCCCACUCAGUGACGGUGUGAAUGUGAGUGCCAAUGGUUGUCCGUGUCUAUAUGUGCCCUCCGAUUGACUGGCGACCAGUUCAGGGUGUAGUUCGCCUUUCGCCCGAAGUCACCUGGAAUAGGCUCCAGCGCCCCACGACCCUGAGCAUGAUAAGUCUGUUGAAAAUGGAUGGAUGGAAGUUAAGACAACAUUAUUAUUGGAACCUGAGAAUUGGAACCUUUAUCUGCUAUCAGUUGGGGCGUAACUCAGUCCUUACCUCCCUAAACGACCUAACGCGCCCACUUGUCAGCACACAGAGUUGCAUUGUUGAUUUCUGUACAUGGGAGUAGCAAUUGUGCCGGAUAACUGCUGAUGCAAACAAAGACUCUCAAAUUCUUAUAUAGUGGAGGAGGGGCAACUCAUGCAGACUAGCCGCCUACCACUCAAGCUGUUGACUCUCAGAAAUGUAUCUAAUUUUGAUGCGGCUUUGGAUCUGCCAGACCUCUUUCCGUCAGUUUCCCCCCAUUUUCUGAGCGCCUUUUGAUGCAGAAACAGACUGUACUCACUGUCAUCUUGACUUUCUUUGGAAUUUCUCUGUAGAAAGACUGCCGCUUAUGUGUUUUGAUGGUCUGUCUGUCUUGUCUCCCUUUCAUUUUCAAUGAACCUUUUCUUGUAUUGUUUAUAGCAACACUACACUACUGUUCCAAUAGUGGCUGUGAAUAUUCUCAUUCAUUCAGGUCAUGCGUGCCUCUAUUUUAGGGAAUUCUUUCUACACUAACAUGCGGGCUACAGCUGUCCGAUCUAGCCUUGGUGUAUGAACUGAUGAAACCUGCUCAGAUGACAACUGAAACAUCUUCUAAGACAAACAGAACCGUGCAUCCAAUCCAUCCAUUUUCUGAGCCGCUUCUCCUCACUAGGGUCGCGGGCAUGCUGGAGCUAUCCCAGCUAUCACCGGGCAGGAGGCGGGGUACACCCUGAACUGGUUGCCAGCCAAUCGCAGGGCACAUACAAACAAACAACCAUUCGCACUCACAUUCACACCUACGGGCAAUUUAGAGUUGUCAAUUAACCUACCAUGCAUGUUUUUGGGAUGUGGGAAGAAACCGGAGUGCCCGGAGAAAACCCAUGCAGGCGCGGGGAGAAGAUGCAAACUCCACACAGGCGGGGCCGGGGAUUGAACCCCAGUCCUCAGAACAGUGAGGCAAACGCUCUAACCUGUUGGCCACCGUGCCGCCCAGAACCGUGCAAUUGCUAUUUAAUGCUCUUCAAAUUUUCAAAUAAUUCUUACUAGGGAAUUGUACCACAGUGUUCCAAAACUACUGUUAUGCAGACAGAGGGUGUUGUAAGUAGACAAGUUGGCACACUUGUAGGAAUUGGUAACACCAACUUUCAAGGCUUAAUCAGCAUCCAUUGCUGCAGAACAGCUUUGAGUUAUUAACCCAUGUCUUGUUAACUUAAAAAGCCUUUUGUAUAAUUCUGAAAUUCACAUUAUUUUUCCGUUUUGGUUAACCUUGCCUGUUUGUUUAACCCCUGGCAGUUUACCACUGACCUUUAUACAAUUUCAAGCUAUUCAUUUGACUUGAACUGCUCGACUUUCAAAACAAAACUUGAGAAAUUGGGAUGUUCUAAAACGUUUGACCAGUAAUUACAUCAGCUCCACAGCCAAUCGCUUAUCUCUGAACGUGACUAUGUACAGCCUGUGUUAUAAACUUGUUUAACACUUGGCUCCUCACUAUAACUAUUGAUCAGUGUAUGUUCUGUGCAAUUAUAAUAUUUGCCAUUGGUUGUUUAUAGAUUGCAUGCUGUGAUAUAAAUGAUUCGGUUCCUGUCAUGCACACGUUCUUAUUUCAUUUGGUGGCAGAAAGUCAACACAAAGAAUUUGCUUCAGACAGACCGCAUGCAGUUCAAGACAAUUAAUGACAACAGGGUCAUUAUUUCACUCCCCGCAUAUCUGGAGCUAGUUCCCAAACUCUGCAGCUGAAGGCUGUGGUUCAUUUCCAAGAAUUAAUUAGUUUACUACGCUUUUAUUGACUUAAAAGAAGGUUCUGUACAGCAUGAGUGAAAUGAUAACGAGUGUCUUUAGGCUUUUUUUUUUUUUUGUCUGUGGAAGUAAAACAUGCUUAUUUUACUCAAAAAUGGCUCGUCAUGCAAUAAUAUGCAUCAUCUCGACUUUAUUUAUAGAACACUAACAUCAAGUGCACCUAAUAAUAGUUAAUAAACAAAUAAUAUCAAUUUAUUUGUUUAUUAGAUAAGAUAAAUAUUUUCUGAUUAAAAUAGACACACAGAUCUCCUUUUUACGUUGGGAUACAGGAAUUCCAAAGUUUUAUUCCCUCUUGUUGCACAGUCGACAUGUUGGGUGAAGUUGUUUGUCAAUGAGAGAAAGGAACAUGAUUGGAGCAGCCACUGUGCGGUAUGAGAGUGCCCGGAUGUUGAUAUUAUAAUCUUGCAAUUACAGCGUGCGUGACAUUACUCAUGUUUGAUGCAAGCUGAAGUUUGAAUGUAAGCAAACUGUAGUUUUCCAAAAGCCCUAGUUCGUCCGUUGUGGAUUAACAAUGGUUCAAAUCCCCUCUCCCGUUUUAAUCCUCUCCACUUCUUUUCAGCCCCGGUCGGCUCUCGUCCCUCUGCGUACCGUUUCUCCUUCGGGAUGCAUUUCUCGCCGAGUGGACCGCAGCCGACUCCAUGUUGGGGCGAAACUCCCUGCAGUUGUAGCAUCGUAGACAAACGGUGUUCUCGGCUCAAAAAAUAUCACAGCUAAAACGUUGUAAUAGUGCACACGGUUUAGCAUGACGCAAAAACAAUUAAGGUUGCAAAGUGUUAAGUACAGUAAUGCCACCCAUCGCAGGGGUUACGUUCCAGAACACCCCUGCAAAAGGUGAAUUCCGCGUUAUAGAAACACUGUACCCUAUUUACACCCUCGGCAUGUUUCCAGCAUUUACGGAAUUUAAUUUUUUUAAAGGUCUUUAAAACAAUACAAACACGCUUAAACAAACCGUAUAAGGGGAGAGAGCAAAAGCAGUCAAAUAUUGUACAAACAGUAUAAAAAAAGUAGUCACUACUGUAAUAAUACUUGGCAAAAAAAUCUGCAAUAUAGCAGAACCAUGAAGCGUAAACUGUGUUAUAGUGGGGAUACUGUAAAAGAGAAAGUUAACUAAGCUGUUAUAAACACCUGACGAUUCAAGGGUGCACGCAACAAUACAUUCCGAUAUUCUCCACUAAAGAAUGUCACAGCUAAAACAUUGUAUUGUUCAAAAUGGGUUAGCAUGAGGAAAAAACACUAACUGAUUAAAAUAAGAGGAUGGAAAAGUACAAAUAAACGAGAAAGCAUCUACAGCGUCUGUGUCUGCUGACUCGCAGACGCCUCUUUCAUCUAUUUUUGACAUUAAAUGUUUGUGUUUAUCCAGCCAUCUACUUCAACAUUUUAUUGUCUUAGGGCAGACGCCUUUGAGGCUACAUUUAUGUGAUACAAAUGAGUUGAAACGGAAAAUUUAAUAGAAUGUAGUCACUGCACAGUCGCUCACAUCAAAUCGUCAGCUGACAUUUCCUGGACUGGCACACUAUUUAAUGUAGACAGAUGGAUCUUUUCACAAAUGUAGUCACAAAAGAAUGAAUUUCGUCGUUCAGAUGAAUUUAGGUGAAAGGACAAGCCCCCCCUCCCCCCCUUUUUUUUUUUAAACAGUUUUAAGUAUCAUAGGUGAAAAGUGAUGGAACCUAUUCCAGUUCUCCUCCCGGGAUCGUAAUGAAAACAAGCCACCUCGAAAUAUAGUGACAGCUGCAAGUAAAAAAAGAGUUGAAAUAUAAAUAUUGAAAGCUGAGGUGGGUGAGCUUUUAUGCUCAAGGGCCACAUUUAAAUUUAAAAAUGGACAGAUGGUCCAGUUCAUUAGUAGAAAGAUGGGGAGGAAAAGUAAAAAUUUGCAAAACUUUCUUUUUUUUAAUUUCCUUUAUAGUUAAUUUAGUAAAUAAUUAACCACUUAUUUAAUCAAAUUAAUGAAUUGUGAUAAAAUUGUUUAUUUUACAUACAGUGGGUAUGUAUUCAGUAUUCAGACCCCCUUAAAUUUUUCACUCUGUUACAUUGCAGCCAUUUGUUAAAAUUAUUUAAGUUCAUUUUUUUCCCUCAUUAAUGUACACACAGCACCCCAUAUUGACAGAAAAAAAUAUAAUUUUGCAGAUUUAUUAAAGAAGAAAAACUGAAAUAUCACACAGCCAUAGGUAUUCAGACCCUUUGCUCAGUAUUUAGUAGAAGCACCCUUUUGAGCUAAUACAGCCAUGGGUCUUUUGGGGGUUUUCACACCUGGAUUUGGGGAUCCUCUGCCAUUCCUCCUUGCAGAUCCUCUCCAGUUCUGUCAGGUUGGAUGGUGAACGUUGGUGGACAGCCAUUUUCAGGUCUCUCCAGAAAUGCUCAAUUGGGUUUAAGUCAGGGCUCUGGCUGGACCAUUCAAGAACAGUCACGGAGUUGUUCUCAAGCCACUCCUUCGUUAUUUUAGAUGUGUGCUUAGGGUCAUUGUCUUGUUGGAAGGUGAACCUUCGGCCCAGUCUGAGGUCCUGAACACUCCGGAGAAGAUUUUCGUCCAGGAUAUCCCUGUACUUGGCCGCAUUCAUCUUUCCUUCGAUUGCAACCACUUGUCCUGUCCCUGCAGCUGAAAAACACCCCCCACAGCAUGAUGCUGCCACCACCAUGUUUCACCGUUGGGACUGUAUUGGACAGGUGAUGAGCAGUGCCUGGUUUUCGCCACACAUACCGCUUAGAAUUAAGGCCAAAAUGUUCUGUCUUCGCCUCAUCAGACCAUCCAUCCAUCCAUUUUCUGUACCGCUUUAUCCUCACAAGGGUCGCGGGCGUGCUGGAGCCUAUCCCAGCUGUCUUUGUGUGAGAGGCGGGGAACACCCUGAACUGGUUGCCAGCCAAUCGCAGGGCACAUAUAAACAAACAACCAUUCGCGCAUACAUUUACACUUAAGGGCAAUUUAGUCUUCAAUCAACCUACACUCAUCUGACCAGAUAAUCUUAUUUCUCACCAUCUUGUAGUCCUUAGUGCUUUUUAGCAAACUCCAUGCGGCCUUUCAUGUGUCUUGCACUGAGGAGAGGCUUCCGUCGGGCCACUUCACCAUAAAGCCCCGACUGGUGGAGGGCUGCAGUGAUGGUUGACUUUCUAGAACUUUCUCCCAUCUCCCGACUGCAUCUCUGGAGCUCAGCCACAGUGAUCUUUGGGUUCUUCUUUACCUCUCUCACCAAGGCUCUUCUCCCCCGAUUGCUCAGUUUGGCCGGACGGCCAGCUCUAGGAAGGGUUCUGGUCGUCCCAAACGUCUUCCAUUUCAGGAUUAUGGAGGCUACUGCGCUCUUAGGAACCUUAAGUGCAGCAGAAAUAUUUUUCUAACCUUGGCCAGAUCUGUGCCUUGCCACAAUUCUGUCUCUGAGCUCAUCAGGCAGUUCCUCUGACCUGAUUCCUUUGACCUGAUUCUCAUUUGCUCUGACAUGGACUGUGAGCUCUAAGGUCUUAUAUAGACAGGUGUGUCGCUUUCCUAAUCAAGUCCAAUCAGUAUAAUCAAACACAUCUCGACUCCAAUGAAGGUGCAGAACCAUCUCAAGGAUUAUCAGAAGAAAUGGACAGCACCCGAGUUAAAUAUAUGAGUGUCACAGCAAAGGGUCUGAAUACUUAAGGCUGUGUGAUAUUUCAGUUUUGGCUUUUAUUCAUUUGCUUUCUGAAAUGUAAACGUGUUUCACAAUUUGUUAUAUUGUUUUGCACUUCCAACCCACUGUAAAAAAAAACACUGAAAUAACACUACAAAUCUAAUGGUGACAUGGAACUUUGUUUUAAAAUCUGUCCAAAAACGUUCUCAUUAGUACGCUCAUAACAGUCAAUUGGGGCUCUGGGAAAUAGACACAAGGAUGACCACCAUCAGUGUACCGCACAUGAUGAGUCCAAAAGUAGUAUGCCUGAGAAGAGAAACAUAGAAAUAGUGAUGGGUGGGCACUGCUAUCGGGCCGAUACCGGCCUUAUUUCAAGGUAUCAGGUACUCCUGAAGGCUGCCGACACCAACCACUGUCACUUAAGGCAAAACAAAUCUGACAUUGAUUAAGUCCUCCUCAUCAAGAGUUGGCGCUACAACGCUGCGGUUUGACACUGUGGCAACUCGUGUGCGUCAGAAAGAGUCUUUUUAUUGUAUUUUAUUGAUUUAUUUAUUUUUUACACAAUUAUCUGUCAUUGUGUUAAUUUAAAUUCUAUGUAUCAAAAGUACUAGUGUGGUAUCGGAAUUUGGUAUUGUAUAUUUUAUCCUUGUUUUUUUAUUAAUUUUAUGCCUUUUGGAUUAAAGCUAGAGUUUACAUGGGCAAAAAGAGGGGGAAAAUUUGUGGCGUCGUCACUGGGUGGUCGGGAGAGGAUGUUUUGGGCUGUCCAUUCUUCAAGGAGAGCUUGAGGUAAGUUCACGUACUUUUAAUACCGUUAGCAAGCAGGCAACAUAACACUAUGUAGCUAGCUAGUGGUCGCACUAACGUUUGUAUGUAAACAAUAUGCUGGCGUUCUGUCGAUUCAUGCGCUAAAGUUUCGGUAAACAUUGGUUUGUGCGUGUUAACAAAUGUCGACAAUGGCGAGCUAGGACGCGAUGCACCAUUUCAAGACGCAAAGCUAUUGGUCGACGUCAAGGUGCGCUGUCGGAGGGUUGUCGUUCACACUACACAUAAGAUCUCUAAAAAAAAAUAAUAAUAACAUGCGCGACUUUUCAUUUUGGCAUCGUAGGACCAAAUCGUUGAUUGUGCGUUCUGUCUUUCCCGACAAAAUGUCGGGCCCAAUCUGGGAAAUUGCCCACAAUAGCAAAUCAGGUAGAUUCUGGGGCAAAAAUCCUGUAGUCUGAUCCAGGCAGAUGGAAACUCUUAAUGAGACACUAAUAGAAAAAGAUGAAUGACCCCAGGUACAAUAAUUGUUGUGUUUCUUGGCCAGUUAAUUAAUGUCUGACACCAUUACAAGUUAAUGACUAAUAAAUGACUACAUCUUGGACAUAAUUGGAAACAUCUGGACACACAAAAUAUUAGGUUUGCUCAGUAAAAUCUAAUUACCUAGUUAUUUUGGGACACAAUUAAAGACCAGGCCCGCCCAGAAUAUUAGAUUAUCUUGGUUCUGAGCAAUCAGAGAAGAGGGUUAUGUCCAGGAGAUGAUACAAAAGCAAGUGCUUUGCUCAGUUGAGACCAGUGCCUUGUUGAAUGGACCAAUUGCUCUCUGAUUUGUUCUAUUUUAAAUAAAUCCAUCUGUGACCAGCUCA